AUGUCAGCCCUGCACAACGCCAGCUGCUGCGUGACCGAUCAAGGGUACCAGUGCGUGGUGGAGCUGCUGAAACGAGGCGCGAACGUGAAUCAGCUUGACGCGGACAACUGGACUCCCCUCCACUUCGCUGCAAGAUUCAACAACGUGAGCACGCUGCUUAAGCUGCUCGAGUACAACGCGGACCCCAACAGAGCAGACAGAGACCGGUGGACGCCCCUGCACAACUCAGCGAGGAACGGGAGGAACAGAUGCGUGCAAGAGCUGAUCGACCACGGAGCUGAUCUGUUCCUCACGACGAGGUAUGGGGAGACGGCUCUUCACAUAGCUUGCAGGAAGGGCAAGUCAAAGGUUGUGGAGAAGAUCAUGAACAGCAUAGAGAAGCUGGGGACAGGCAAGCUGACGAACCUGCUGAUGUGUCAAGACGUGGAGGGCAGGACAGCAGAGGAUGUUGCAUCGUCGGAAUACAUCCGCUCGCUCCUCCGUCGAGAAACAAGGAGAGGAAGCUCCUACGAUUUCGUGCCCGAACUGACCAAGUCGCCCUCGUUCGAAGGGACUCGAGUGAAGAAGAAAAAAGGAUCAGCAGCCUGUACGAUUCUUUGACCUGUCUGUUUAUAUUCAUCUCGCACUCUCUCAUGCCAGAUGCCUUUCGGCCUCUUUCCUUCUUGUUUGCAAGUGUAAUGUUUCUCA